GUAAACUAUGCUCGAUCGGAAACAAUAUGCAGAAUAGGUGAUCCAUGCGGAGAAUGUGAAUUGCGAGAAGUUGGUGAUAAAUGCCACAAGGAAGACGUUUAUGAAUCUUUGUUUUGUGAUCGGGAAACGAAUCAAAUUGAUAUCAAUGAGAAUGCAUAUUUGGUAUGUGAUACACGAAAGACACAGCUCAUACGAAAGCUGUGCUCGCAAGGUGAGACAUUCAUCAAUGGCGCUUGCGCAGUGCCACUGAAACGAUACCGACGUCAAGGCACGGCUGGUUCAGGACGCGUCGGAGACUCUUGCUCAUUCAAUACAGAUUGCCUUACCGGAAUGUUUUGCUCGACGGGCAUGUGCACAUGUCUCAGUAAUUUCGUUGCAAUCCAAGGAUAUUGUUAUUUGAAAAAGAAUCCAGGCGAAAGUGGCUGCCAAUACUCAGAGCAGUGCAGUGCUGUAUGGCCUGAGUCACGCUGUGAGAAGAGUCGAUGUGAAUGUCCAGAGGACGUCAACGGUGUACCAUACAUCCAAUCGAAAACUCGUGAUGGAGUGAUCUGUAUUCUGAGAUCCGGUGAGGAUGGCGAUCCUGUGCCGAAAUGUCCACUCCCAGAAUAUGACGAUGACUUGCUAUCGAUGCCCGUCUCUCAACUGAGAAAUCCAGCGAUGACUGAUCCGGAUGAUGAUACAAUAGCAAUGGGUCAACAUAUAAAUCCUCUACAAUUUUGUACGUCUACAUCGACCGACUAUAAGAAAUUCGUUGCAAACGGUGGUGGUGCGUGUGUCUAUUCGGAUGAUCCAGAGAGUACGUCUGGAGUAUCGAUAGCUGACAUCUACGACUGCGUUACGGCUGUAUCGAUGACCGAAGUUAAAGAGGCAAUGGACGGCGUUUAUGAUGUACAUCCAAAUGCGGACGGCAUCUGCUGCCCCAAUCGAGCAUUCACUUGUAUCCAACCAAAGCACGAAGCGGACACGAGUUCAGCGGCAGCUACUGGUGUUCGUCCACGUUGGUGGUUCAACGCUGUUACUGGAACAUGUGAACAGUUCAUGUGGGAUCCAUGGGAUGAUAGUGAAAUGCAGUCACCGAACAAUUUCAAGACUCGUGAACAUUGUGAAUCGUAUUGUCGUGAUACAUGUAAACGAGGAUCGCCACAAUACACGAACGCCAUGACAAUAAAUGAUGCCGAACCGGUGAACACGUGCCAGUCAGUGGGCACCUGCCUUCAGAACUACGAAUGCAGCACGGUUGGUUCGAUGCAAUUCUGUUGUCCGAAUAUCGCGAGUAUCUGCAGUAAUGCUGGAGGUCGGCCACUCGAACCAAUCAGAAGUACACAUUAUGAUCCUGGAUAUUCCAUCAAGAGAUCAUUUGGUUUGUCGUAUGCAAAGUCGGGGCGCUAUUACUACGAUGUCGAACAAGGCCGUUGUAUAUCAUUCACGUAUAAUGGCGGUUUCGGCAAUUUCAAUAACUUCAAGUCAUUGUCCGAUUGUGAAUUAUUUUGUGCAAAACUGCAAUGUAACUAUGGAACACCGCUCAAAAUCGGUACAGCCAACCAACGGUGCUCCACUAACACCGACUGCCCCAGCACACAUGAGUGCCAAUCCGAACAUAACGUUUGCUGUCCACGACCACGUUUGUGUUUUUUAUUUCUUCUUUCAAUAUUGCACAAGGCCAGCCUUCUCCAGCUCAACUUAUCUCAUUCAUUUUGUGUGCAAACUCUCUUAAAAUAA